AUGCCGAACCCCUCUCAAAACGAGCGUCUCGCAUCGCGAAGACGAAGUUUCGAUAGCAGCAUCAGCAGACCAACCAUCGUUCCUCCCCCAAGAAUUCGCUCGAAUUCCCUCUCUUCUCCCUCUCCCUCUCCCUCUCCCUCUCCCUCUCCCUUCCCCUUCCCCUUCCAAGCCAGACGUUUCCGCCUCAGCCCCCAUCAGCGUAACAUCAACUCGAACGAAUAUCAAAGACAACGACUCAUCGACUUCCAAAUCCAGACCGGACUCAACGAUAUCCAAUCGCAGAGACGACGAAACGAGGAGCUCCAGGCCGUCCGUUCUCGCAGACGACGAAACGAGGAACUCGAGGCGAUCGAAUUCCAACGACUACGAAACGAGAUACUCGAGGCGCUCGAAGCCCAAAGACGAAGACGUACCGUCUACGCAGCCGAAUAUCAAAGACAACGACUCAUCGACUUCCAAAUCCAGACCGGACUCAACGAUAUCCAAUCGCAGAGACGACGAAACGAGGAGCUCCAGGCAGUCCGUGCUCGGAGACGACGAAACGAGGCACUCGACGCUCAAACUCAGAACGACGAGGCGGUUCAGAUCCAGGUGAUGGAGGCGGAGGCGGAGAGGCUGCUCGUGGAGAUCGAGGAGAAGAAGAAGAAGUUGCAGGAGUUGAAGGAUCAGGUGGAGGCGGAGAAGAACGAUAAGAAGAGGAAGACUUCGGAGUAG